UGAUCUGAUGGCACGUCAUCAGUGUCGUGUAAAGGUUAUAUUGAUAAAAUGCAUUAAUAUCAGCAUACAAGACAAUAAACGAAGUUAGUAUGUGCUGAAGUCCAAUGGUACUCUGAUUUUAUAGGCAGAAAACAUGUAUUCCUUGAAAAUUUUUAAGGUUGUUUUGAACCAAACCCAGAGACACUUGAGUACCAAACCAAAUCUCAAUGAAGUCUUCAUUGUAUCAGCGGUUCGAACCCCAAUUGGUUCCUUUCAAGGAUCCCUUGCACCUCUAACGGCAACCCAACUUGGUGCAGUUGCUAUUCAAGGUGCUAUUGAACAUGCCGGUUUGCCAAAGGAUGAAGUCAAAGAAGUUUACAUGGGCCAGGUUUGUCAGGCGGGAGCUGGCCAAGCCCCUGCAAGACAAGCUACAUUAUUUGCCGGUCUUCCAAAAUCAACGAUAUGCACUACAGUCAACAAAGUAUGUUCGUCUGGUAUGAAGUCAAUUAUGUUAGCCUCGCAAACACUUCAAACAGGAGACCAGGAGAUAGUUCUUGCUGGAGGAAUGGAAUCUAUGUCGAAUGUGCCUUAUUACCUCAAGAGGGGUCAGACACCUUACGGUGGGGUCAAUCUGACAGACGGUAUAGUAUUAGAUGGCCUAACUGAUGUUUACAAUAAGUUCCAUAUGGGUAACUGUGCUGAAAACACUGCCAAGAAGAUGGGAAUAUCCCGUCAAGACCAAGAUGAGUAUGCCAUCUCAAGUUACAAAAGGAGUACUGCUGCUUGGCAAAACAAAGCUUUCUCAAGCGAGCUUGUGUCUGUCAGUGUUCCACAAAAGAAGGGAACUCCCGAUUUAGUGGUAGCCGAGGAUGAGGAAUAUAAACGUAUCAAUUUUGAUAAGUUCACCAAGUUGAACACAGUUUUCCAGAAAGAAAAUGGAACUGUUACAGCAGGUAACGCCUCAACUUUAAAUGAUGGAGCAGCUGCAGUUAUUCUUGCAUCUCCAACGGCUGUGCAAAAGUUUAACCUCAAACCUUUGGCGAAAGUAGUUGGUUUCGUAGAUGGCGCCACUGAUCCUAUCGAUUUCCCAAUAGCUCCAGCAGUAGCCAUUCCUAAACUUCUCGAAAAAACUGGCGUGAAGAAAGAAGAGGUGGCUCUGUGGGAACUCAACGAAGCAUUCAGCGUUGUAGCUUUGGCCAAUCAGAAACUGCUCGAUCUAGACCCAAGUAAAGUCAAUGUACAUGGAGGUGCAGUAAGUUUGGGCCAUCCCAUUGGUAUGUCAGGAGCUAGAAUUGUUGUUCAUUUGGUGCAUGCUUUGAAACCUGGCGAGAAAGGAGUGGCAGCUAUUUGUAAUGGUGGAGGUGGUGCCUCUUCAAUCCUUAUCGAGCGACUGCCUGUGACUUCUGAACUAGGAUGUCUUCCGAAACUGACUCUUUUCACAAAGGAUCCUUGUCCACUUUGUGACGAUCUCAAGGCUGAGUUGAAGCCAUAUUUGAAUCGAGUCACUUUUGAAACUGUUGAUAUUACAAAGAAAGAGAAUCUCAGAUGGUUGAGGUUGUAUAGAAACGAUAUACCUGUUCUGUUUUUGAAUGGCCAGUACCUCUGUAAACAUAGACUGGAUGAAGACCUAUUAUUGCAAAGAUUGGAGUAUUUGGAGAGCACAUAGCUGAUGAAAAAUAAU